AUGUUUUCUUCCAAUGCUGAAGGCAAAUGGCUUCUUUACAGAAUCACUGCUGCUUGUGGCGCAGGGUUUCUUCUUUUCGGAUAUGAUCAAGGGGUUUACGGUGGCCUUCUCGACAAUGACCGAUUCCUGCGGACUUUCGGAUACCCAAACUCGACUAUACAGGGUCAGAUGACCGCCACCUAUGACAUUGGAUGCAUCGUAGGUACAUUGAUAUCGAUGUUCUGGGGAGAUAAACUGGGUCGGCGCCUGUGUAUCCUUAUUGGCUCCUGUAUCCUGCUCGUGGGUGCUGUGUUGCAAACUGCGUCAUAUUCCCUUGCACAGAUGAUCGUUGGUCGCAUUGUGGCAGGACUUGGUAAUGGCAUGAACACAAUCGCUAUUCCUAUUUGGCAGGCUGAGACCGCGAAAGCGGAGGAUCGAGGGAAGCUCAUCGUAGCUCAACUUGUGACCAACAUAUUCGGAAUAGUGAUUACCAGUUGGAUGAAUUAUGGCUUCACAUUCGUUCCCAAUUCCGACAUCAGCUGGCGAUUUCCUCUUGGAUUCCAAUGCUUCUUUGCGCUCAUUACUGUGGCCCUGGUUCUGAUAUCUCCGGAGUCUCCCCGCUGGCUAGUAAUGAAAGACCGUGUCAGCGAAGCCCGUGAAAUAGCUGCUCGAUUCAUGGCCAGAUCGACCGAUGACCCUGUAGUUAUCCAUCACAUUCAAAAUCUAGUUGCAACUGUUGCCCAUGAAUCGGAAGUUCAGCAAUCCCUUCCGCUUAAAGAAAUCUUCGCUCGUGACAGCAAACAAUUUACCCUACGCCGAAUGCUGCUAGGCGCAGGGACUGCCUUUUUUCAACAGGUUGGAGGAACCAACGUCAUUGCAUAUUACCUUCCGGUAAUCCUCACUCGCUCAGUCGGCCUCAGCAGCCGCAUGGCAUUGAUUCUGACUGCAGUUGACUCGAUUUCCCUAAUGUUCUGGGGCACUAUGGCUUCGUUCUUGAUUGACCGCGUCGGACGUAAACGACUGAUGCUGAUGGGCGCUUCUGGAAGUUGCGUUUGUUUUGCAUUGGUUGCUGUUGGGCUUUGCUACGGCGGGGCAGAUAAAAAAGGCAUGUCAGUUCUCGCGGUGGGUUUCAUUUUCCUAUAUUACGUUUUCUAUGGGAUGUCCCUUCUAUCAAUCCCAUACAUUUACCCAGCAGAGAUCAACUCUCAAAAAAUGCGGAACAUUGGCACAUCUUUUGCUACAACUGUGAAUUGGCUUUUUGUAUAUGUCGUGGUUGUCGCCACUCCCACUGCGAUAGAAAGGAUUCAGUGGAAGUACUAUAUGUUUUAUGCCAUCUUCAAUUUCUGCUUCCUUCCUAUUAUUUGGUGGUUUUAUAUCGAGACUGCUAAUCUUUCCUUGGAACAAAUCGAUCUUCUGUUUGAGUUGAAACAUGAAGCAGGAACCACAAUGAGCUGGAACGAAGCUACCAGAAUCGCUCGAACCGAACAGGGCGUUAGCCUGAGUGUCCCUUUGGGGAAGGAAGACAAAUCCGAGCCAGAGCACUUUGAGAUUGUGACGUGA